CCUCCUCAUCUGUCACUCGUGCCAGCAGUGUCUCCUCGGGGCUGUGAGGAAGAUCUCGUGGAUCCGGCCGGAGUGCAUGCAGGAGUGAAGCCCCUCCCCGCAGAUCAUCGCACUAUUCGAUGGUCCUUUUAACUUCAUUGUUGCAGCAGAAGCGACGCCCCGCUUCGCCUCGGCUAAAGGAUCAAACACCCCCUCUGAUCAGCGCGACCCCCGGUUUUGUUCUCAUGGAAAUCGGCCCCUGCCUCCCGGCCACACUUUCUGCACACAUGCAAAGUUGAAGCGCAUUCCCAGCCGGGACGACAGACGGUCAUGACGUGUCGGAGGAGCUGAUCGUUAACACUUCUCUUUUGGUUUCUCCUCCCGGACCUCACAUCUCUCUCUCCAACAUGCUGGAUCUAGCGAGGCACGUUGUUCUUUGCGCGCUGAUCGGCUCCGUUUACGCGUCGUGCCCUCCGCGCUGCGAGUGCUCCGAGGCGGCUCACACCGUGAAGUGCGUCUCCAGAGACCUGCGGAGUAUCCCGACAGGGAUCCCCGGAUACACCAGGAAUCUGUUUAUAACUGGGAAUCAGAUCAGGCGGAUCGGUCCGGAGUCUUUCAGAGGGCUGGAUAAUGUGACUAACCUCUCUCUGAGCAAUAACAGGAUCUCUGAGGUGGAAUCGCACACGUUCACAGGACUCCGCAGCCUCCGCUCUCUGGAUCUGAGCAACAACCAGCUGGCAGUCAUCCACCCUGAGGCCUUCACCGUGCAGAGCCAAUCUCUGCGGGAGCUCAACCUGAGCCGAGCCCUCUACAACCACUCCUCAGUGAUGGACUUAGCCACCUCCCUCCGCUGGAGCUCUCUGGGGAACCUGAAGGGUCUGGACCUGUCUCACAACAGCCUCAUCCUCUUACCUGCGCGGAUCUUCUCCCACCUGAGCAGCCUGCAGCGCUUACAACUCUCCAACAACUCUCUAGUGGCCAUCCACAACGCUACUUUUUCAGGUAUGGAGGGUCUGGAGGAGCUGGAUCUGUCCCUCAACGCCCUGAAGACGAUGCCUGAGGAGGGACUGAGAGAGCUGGACUCCAUGCCUGCAGCCACUCUCCUGCUGGGAGAGAACCCGUUCAUGUGCAAAUGUGGAAUUGAACCUUUUGCCCAGUGGCUCAACAAAUCCCAGGGACGCAUCAGAGAUGCUGAGGGACUUGUGUGUGCCUUCCCAGUCAGCAUGAGGAACACAUCCAUGCUUUCUUUGGGCAUGCUGACUUUGGGAUGCCACCAGAGGAGCUCAGGUGCAGACCUCGCUCUGCAGACCUCUUAUGUCUUCUUGGGUAUAGUCCUCGGCUUUGUGGGCCUCAUCUUCCUCUUUGUACUUUAUCUCAACCGCAAGGGCAUCAAGAAGCGGAUAUACGACUUGCGUGAUGCCUGCAGAGAAGUGUGGGAGGGAUACCACUACCGCUUUGAGAUUGACUCUGGCCCCAGGUUAUCACAGGUCUCCACCAACGCUGACAUGUGAGAGGACUAUACCACCUGGUGUUUUUUAAAGACUCUUUUUUAUUGCAUCAGUCACAAAAUGUAAAAAGUGUACAGAUUUGUCUGUAAAUAUAUACAUACAAUAGAGUUACUAAUCAUUCUGCCUUGUUGAUUGAAGCAUGCACUGCCCGCCUUUCUUCAAUACAUGACUUAUACGCUCUUUUGCUACAGAAACAUCUCUUUGUCUGUUGAGAUGAAAUGACAUGAACCGAUUUGACGAUACUUCUUUUAUGUAGUCCACAAAAAAAGUAAGUGCCUCAAGUCACCUAGGUAUUAUUUUAUACUCAAUAGUGUGAAAUGAACUUUCUUCAUGUCACAUUUUAUUCAUUGUCCUUUGUCAGAUCUUCAUGCAUAAAGAAGGCAACAAACUGCUGCAAUAAACCCCCCGACACUACAAAAACAAACCUCUGGGAAUUUAAAGCACAAUAACUCAUUCAUCUUUGAACCAUUUCAAGCCCUUUGGUCCCCCCGUCCUUGAGCCCCCAGGGUGCCAGAGAGGAAUUAAAGCCCCCAAAGCUUUUCCAAAGCUCUCCUAAAGUCACCGCUCUUCUCCUCCUCCUCCUUUUUUAACUUUCAGAUUUUAAGAGGGGGGGGGGCAAUUCAGCACAGACCAGCGGAACUCUCUUAGCCCCCUCAUUUUUUCUCUUUCGUUUUUUUUUCAUGAAGCAUUGCGUUGUUUCAACUCCUUGAGUUUUAUUGUCAAAAUGAUGAGAACCAGUCCCAGGCUGAGGCCGCUGAAAGCAAUCCCCUCCUCCCCUCCUCAAAGACAACAGCCACUCUGGAGGCUCUUUGAAGGAGAAGUCUGGCUCUCCACGUUUUUCUGUUUAGGGGGAUUUUUUUUCCCCAGUGAUAAGAUACAGAUGAUUCUGAAACACCAGCGACAUUGUUCCAUUCAGCAGAUUUAACUUGGGCCAGUUGAGGGUAAAAAGAAAGGAGAAUAUCUUCUGCUGUUGCUUUACCUCUCCUUUCUGCUUUUACAGUUGAGGUCAUGCUGAAAAAUGUGACUUUUAGGGAGUUAUUUUCCUGGAAUGACAUUUAAAGCCUCCCAUCUAACAUGGAUGUUUUAAUUGAAACGCAUUUUAACUUGCAUGAGUUGCCAAACAAUAACACAUGAUAGUCUUUGAUCCAAUGUCCCAGUUCUCCUUAAACAUUCUUCUAUCAUUGUCUGUGGCCUUUCUGAUCCGACAAAGUGACUCAAACUCAGACGUUGGGAUGAGGGAGGGGGGCCUUCCUUUAAGUGUUUAUUGCCCAAAUUGCCAGCUAUCUAGGUAUGUGGGAUUGGAGGAAAGGCUUGCAUGGAGUGAACUGAAACAGCCUCUCAUUGUUCAAAGCCAAAGUAGCAUCUUCAAUCUUAUCAAGAUGUUCAAGCAACCCAGAAAUGUUUGUAGCAUGGAGCCAUUGUACUGCAUGUGUAGAGACAGAAUAAAGCAUACUUAUUUAGACUCACUGUAAUCUUAUGUGUUAUAAACAGCAGAGAAAUAUGUAUUUGAAGUGUUAGGAGUAUCAUUUCUCUGAGCAGCAGAACCACAUUAAGUCCAGGCAUUUACUCGCUGAGGAGAAAACAAUUGGGAGUCGUACGCUGACACAAAGAGCGGCUCGGAUGGCGAGGCGUCUGAAAUAAGCUUUGUUUCCAGCGCAGAGAGAUGUCUUGUGAUACUCAUUGUCUUUCUGUUGUCACAGACGCCCAUUAUGAUGCGGCGUAAUAGGAUUCACUCAUGAUGACAAAGCUGAGCGCUGUGAUCCGGCUAUUGUUAAAGUGUCAUCAUUCUUCAUAAUUGCCUGUGGGAGAAAAUCCCUGGAGAAAUUUUCAUUUGCUAUUACACAGCGUGUCACAACUGGGGGCAUUACGCCGGCCACGGGUUAUUGGUGUCAGCAGGCAGAGCACAGAGAAGAAAGAUGACUCCCUGCAUGUCAUUUCUUCCGUUUUCGCUCAUUAAAUUGUAGAUUAAGACCUGUGCCUUUUUUUGUCUUUUUAUGAGUCUGGCAGUUUGAAAAAUAUAUGGUCUGUUUUCUAUAGGCUGUGCAAAAUUGUCUCAGCAGGAAUGCAAUGAAAAGAGGAAACCUAACAAAUAAAUCCAGAGGUUCUCUAUUGCUCCCAGUGAAGAGAGGCUUGUUAAAAACAGAAAAAUGCCUACGAUUACAGAGUUCUGUAUGUUGUGCAUAUCCAAUUAAAAGACGCCGUCUUUAUUUCA